AUGGGUGUCAUGAGCGUGACCUCCGAGACGAUCUUCAACUACCCACCAGACGUGAUUUACGACUUCGUAGGCAAUCCCGUGAACUGGGGCCGCACAUACAAAGGCAGCGCUGGCCUUCCAUCCGAUGCCAAGAAACUUAAUUUCCCACUCAAGGUCGGCGACGUCUGGACGGAAAAGGUGGCCUUGGCGGAAAACACGUAUCAUGCAAAGUGGGUGUUGGAGAUUGCAAGCCGCGGCCGCAAGUUCGCAUUUCGACAGGUGAACAAGAUUGCCGAAAAUGUUGAUGGGUCAGGCGGCGUGGAGGGGUACUGUUGGAUUACGUAUACGUUUAGGGAAGCCGGGUGUGGAUUGACGUUGUUCACGAGGAAUCUGACCUGCGAGCUCGAGAAGGGCGUGGAGGUGCCAGAGGAUCUUUGGGUGGCCAUGUCGAGGCCAAGUGGAAUCGACAAGUAUCAUGAUGCUAUUGCGAAGCUGCUUGACGAGGAGUCUGCGGAACACAAAGUCCUUAAAUCAUGA